AUGGUGACCAGUCCCCGCGCCGAUGCUACGGUCCUACAACGUCUGGAAGAGGAACUGCAGCAACACGAACUAGUGCUUGCGGGAGAGCAGGCGCGACUAGCCGAAUUGCAGCGACCCGACAGCUGCAGCAGCAGAGGCAGCAGCCCCACCCGCCGCCAUAGCAACAACAGCAACAUGGGCAGUGUGAGUCCGCGGCGAAGCCCAACGGCGAAUGGCGAGAGUCUCGCAGCGGCGCGGAAGCGGCUGCAGGCGAAGAAUGCGGCACUUCGCCAGGCGCUCCUGCGGCUGCGGCGGGCGGAGCGGUCCCUCGCGCUCGACCCGCAGUUGAUGGAGAUCCGCAACAAGACGGCCGCGACGCAGCGGGAGGUGGCGCAAAUCACGGAGGAGGUGCGCACCCUCGAGAAUGUGCGGCGGCAGUGGCGAAAGGGGAUGGAGCGGGUGCGGGCGGGGGAGCGGUCGGUGUCGGCGAUACGCGGCCGGCAGUAUGAGGAGCAGCUGCAGCUGCGGGACACACUGCGAAACCUCACGGAGGAGCUGAAGCUGCUGGAGAAGAAGGACAUUCAACUGCAUGAGCAUUUCGCCGCCUUGCAGCGGCAAGUGGUGUUGAACGUUACAGAAAAGGAACUUGCCGCAUUAAAGGAAGAGCGGGAGGAACAGGAGAGAACAAUAGAAAAUCUAAAGAAAAAACGGGAGGAGUUGCGGUCACGUCAUACAGAUUUAAUGGAUGAGCAUAGACGUCUGGCAUUUAAAGAGGGAAGAGCAAAAGCCAAGAUGGAGAAGGAUAUUGCAGAUCUUAGAGCUCUUCUACAGCUGCGUGAUGAGGAACUAGGACAGUUGUAUCGCACCAUUGGGCGAGGACGAGGACGAGGGCGAGGGCUUGGUAAACCUCAACAUUAA